CAGGCUACGUCCAGGUGACAUUCAGCCUCGGUUUUUGUAGUCGAACGAACACUUCAUUUAGCGUCUACACGCAGACCGGGCCUCAGCCUGACAGUGAUUCUUGCAUGAAAUAUCCUGGCUGCCAUUGCGACAUGAAGAACCCAGUGGUCAACUUAAUGAUGUUUCGCCAUUACUCUUUUCUGACUGACUGGUCUCAGAUAUUAAUACUCUGACUCCGCAACAUAUAUAUAAGGGAGCACAGUCAUUCGUCCUCCUUCGUAGCUAUUAAUUUUUCUGUCAUGUCUGCCGACUGGGAUAGUGCCAAGUAUCCGCAUACCAAGAGCUCUGGGCUUCCACCGUACCCUUGCCCUGAGAACCCGGGUCAGGUAUACCCUCACACUGAUCCUAAUAAAGCAAAGACCCCGCCCCUGCGACGAACGUCCGAACCGCCCGUCGGAAACCCGUUCUUCCUGAACGACGCACUGCGAAAGCUUGAUAGCUCCCUUGGAAAUGUCAUUCAGAUUCUAGAGCAAGAGGAAGCGGCCGCAACCAAUAACCGACUGUUGCGGAAGUUUGUAGAUAUGAGGGAUGAACUGGACAGGAUCCGGACUGGGAGAAAGGUCUUAACGCCUAGUCAUGUCUCUCCUGAACGCGACACGGACGGAGGGCUAUUUGUGGAUUGA